AUGGCGGACACAACGAUGCGCCUCCGCGUUGUGGUCCAGCGCAACGGGUUGCCCGAAACGAGAUACAUGCUCCCCGUACCGCUCGAGGGCAACCCUACCAUUGCGAAGCUGCUCGAGCUGGUCAACAGCUGCACCCCUAUUGAGAGCGACGAAUGGGGGCUCGAAGACUACGCCGUGGAGCUGCCUGCGCCCGAUGGGACCAGGAACGAAUGUUUCCACUUCCAGUCCGUCCGGGAGGUGCUGAAGGAGGAUGAGCAGGUGUUUAUUCGCCCCUUACAGACCGACGACUUGCGAAGAAGACGGAUCAGCGGCCGCUAUCAGAUCUCCUCGGACGGAAAGCACUUGGUCGACGGUGUGGCCUUCGGUCGACCUCUUCUGCGAGGCGCGCCCAGUCGUCCUGGCAUUUUCAUACCGCCACGCAAACGCCGUAGGCUUCUGAACAGCAGCGAGGAGGAAAACAGCUAUCAGAAUACCGAGAGCAUGCAGCUGCUCCUGACGAACGGGGAAGAUGCUACACACGAUCCAGACUUUGAGCAAGUCGCCGACGGGAUGAACGCCGACUUCUCGCCAUCAGGUUCGGACUCUGAUGUCGAUUCGGGCGAUAGCGAUUAUGAGGCAGACGAGGAUCUUGCAGACGAAGUAGAGGCUCUGCAGAGAGAGAACACCGAGAUUGAUGAUGGCGUGAUGGAUAUGGGGGUGGAUGCACAACUGCCACGACAAAGGCCAGACUCAAGGCGGAGUCAAGCAGCACCACAGGAAAUCACGCUCGAGGCGCUGGACAACAUGGGAGCGCUGCGUGCGGCGUUUCCAGCUGCGCCGAUUGACCUCUGCGAGAGGGUCCUGGCUGCCAACCACAACGACCUCAAGCUUGCGUAUAUCAAUCUCAAGGAGGCCUUCGAUCCCGCGUUGCCGGAGAGCGCUGUGCUGUCCGGCAAAUUGUUCAACACGCACACACGCGGUGCACCUGAGGGCCAAGGCUCCUCCACAACAGCAGCCCGGCAGGGUGCACCCCAAGGCAACGACGAUGCCAUGGAGGACGAGAACGACUCGGGAUCUGGGUCUGAUGAUGAUGUGCCGGAUCUUGUCAAGCGAUACGACCGAUGUGGCCUUCCGCCUGGAUCCAUUUCCUCGGGACAUGGACUUGCUAGCAUGGCUGCAAUCACUGGGGUAUCCACCGGCGGUGACAGCCAAGCAACAUCAACGACCUUGAGGCCAACCAAAAUCGUCUUUGCCGACGAAGACGAAGCGGCGGACACCACCUCCAGCAGCGAAUCAAGCUCAAGCUCUGAAUCCGAAGACAGUUCCGAGGACGACAACGACAACGACGACGACGACGACGACGACGACAGUGACUCAAGCGACAGCCAAGAUGGCGGCAACGGGUCCUGGACUCUGCCUCAACCUCGGGACCCCAUGCUUGAUUCUGACAGUGAUGACAGCAGUUUCGACGGAGACGAUGAUAGCGACGACGAUUCCUCCGCCGAUUCUAGCGAGGGUGAUGAAGCGGGAAGCGACGAUGAUAGUGACAGUGGCCCGGAAGAGAUGACUGCCAAGGAAGUUGUCCCAGUCAUCACGCAAAAGCCAGCAGUUGGCGACACUUCUUCUGAAAGCGAAUCAAGCGACAGUAGCUCAUCCGAUAGUGACUCUUCAUCAGACGACAGCUCUUCAGGCGACAAGGCUCCCACUGCUCCGGCACAAACCAGAUCUCAGCCGGUCGUUGCGAAACAAGCACAGCCGACCGUGGCCCCCGGCCAAGGCAAAGCUUGCACUAAGAGCAGAAAUGCUCGCAGGAGAGCAGCGAAGAAGGCGCAGAAGGAGCAGCAGCAAUCUGGUGUAGGCCAAGACGGAGAAGCACCCGAGGCGAUUGGAGACCCUACACUGCAGACAUUUGAUGAAAAGGCCGCUUUCGAGGCCAAACGCCAAGCACUUCUAGAUGCUCUAGCGAACGGUGGCAUCGAAGUUGGUCCAGGUGGCUCUACAAACCUGGGUCAAGCGAACCCGCCAGUGCCCAGCUCCAAGCGAAAGCGCGACGAGGAGCCGGUUUUAUCUGAGAGGCAGCAACAGGACAGCAUGGAUAUUGUUGACAAUGAUACACCGCCACCGGCCGCGACGCAGCCAACGAGCCCAGAGUCUCAACAGAAGCGUCAACGGUUUGAUCUGGCCGCUGGCAAGCGACUUCUCUUUGGGGCACUGGGACUGCGAGCGCCGAAAACAGCUGAUGACGCCGAGAAAGUUCGGUCUCAACUGAUGAAGGACGUCCGCCCUCUCGUCAAUGCCAGGCUUGAGGCUGACAAGGCCAAGAAAGAAAUGGAGUUGUCAAAAUCCCAUGACGCGGAGGACGAGGAUCCGGAUGCCUGGAGAGAGAAGAUCAACUAUCGAGCCGUCGAGUGUUGCCAGGAAGGCAUCGUCCUCAGCGAGCCUCCAUUCCCAUUUGUCCAGCGCUGGGAUCCGCAGCAGCAGGGCUUGUGGAACGGCAAGAAGAACAAGCGCGGCGGCAAGGGCAAGAAGGCAGACCGCAACCAAGGACAACCGGGGGGCAAGAAGAGGAGACACGACGACUCCCUUCAGGACGAGUCGUUCUACGACGACACAUCAUUCAAUGGUGUUGCUGGUGCUCUUGAUGACGACGCUAUGUUGGACUAUGACGAUCCUGUGCCUGAUGAAGCCAAGAACAGCGGGGAGGGCGAUGCUAGCCAGUUUACCGACAUAGAGGAUUUGCCUUCUCUCCCGAAAGAUCCGUCCACCCUGCCCAGUCUGCAGGCUCAAGACGCCAAGGUUGGAAUGGUCAUCACGUGGAAGAAGUGGUCAUGUUCAGCAGCGACCAAGUGGCAGCCACUGAUCUCUGAUGUCACGGCGGUUGUGAUCCGUGUCGAGAACGAAGGCUCAACUUUGGAGGUGUGUUUGGCGAAGAGAGACCGCCACCUGGAUCGCGCAGCGAAGCGCUACGAUGAGGUCACGGGGCAGAGGCUCUAUGACAAGUUCGAGGCGCCUGACAUCAACGAUGACGAAGACGAAAACGAAGCUCUCGAAGACGAGCAAGACGACGACGGCUUCCGCGCUCUCGACUUCACCGAGCUGCUCGAGCCCCGCGUUGUACAACAGGCUGCGGACGACAAAGCGAGCACCCAACCAGAAGCUGCACAGACAAAUGGUAACUCUCACUCCGACCCAGCAAUUGGUUUGAUUCCCAGCAUCGAGCAGUCAUCGGGCCAGGUCCCAGGUCUCAGUGGCCCGUCCGCGAGUUCUAUGGUCAUGGCGGCAGACGGCGGGAAUGAGAGAGAUGUCGCUGUUAACACAGGUGUGCCUGAGCAGAGUGGAAAAUCGUCGAUGCCUUUAUCCGGAAAUUCAUCAAGUGAUCCGGCGACUGCACAAGCCGGCCAGGGUCAUCCAACCUCCCAGAUCGAAUCAGGAUUAUUGCGCGAACCUAGCCCAUCUGAACAGCAUUCUACAUCUAUAUCUGACGUGAGACAGCCGAAGGAGCCCGCCCCGCUAUCUCAGCCUCUAGAGGAUCCAUCUCGGUACGAAGGCGACCUCGAUGCCCAGAUGGUGGACAAACCCGAUCACGUCGUCCAUGAAACUCAGCCCGAUACAGACUCAUCUGCCCACACGCCCAUGCCGUUCCAUGACGCGAUGUCGAACGCGAGCGCGCCACUUUCGAACACCCACGAUGACGAUACGCCUUUAUUUCAUGGUAUCGAGGACGACGAAGACGACGUUAUCGCUGGCACGCCGCCGGGAACCCGCCCAAGACUCAGAGAGCCAACGCCGAUGAGCAGCGUGGCGAGUGGACGCCAACCGGAUCCAAUCACAGCUCACGACGUGCUUGAGCCGGACACGUACAAGGUUCUGAGCACGAGCGAUGUGGCUGCUGUCAUCUUCAACAGUCAGUCUGAUGAUGACGGCGAUGGCGGCUACAGUGAUGGUCCAUUUGCUCGCCACAAUGAUGCUACAAAGCAACCCCUCGAGCAACCAUCUCAAGCAGGUCAAGACGCCGAGUACGAGGCAGUCAUCCGCGAGCUUGAUGGCUCUCCAGAGCCUUCUCCUGCGGAUGGAGAUGCGCCACUGUCAAGAUCUCACUCGGCCUAUUCUGAAAGUCGCCAGCCUUAG